GAGCCUUGGCACAAUUCAAUCCUCACCGGACAGAAGUGGGUAGAGGAACUCCUAGAUGGUCAUUAUGCUCGGAUGCAUGCGGUGCUCGGGAUGCACAAGCAUGUGUUCCUCAAACUUGGUACCGAGUUGGAGGAACAUGUUGGGUUCACCCGAUCCAAGCAUGUCUCUUCUCAAGAAUCACUUGCAAUAUUUCUCUAU